GCCGCUUUAUUCUAACGCCUAAAAAACCCAUCAGGUGUGAACUUUGGACAGGAAGUGAGCGCAGCCGACCCUCGGGACCGCCGUUGGAAUUCUACUACCGACAACCGCCUUGUUGCAAAGAGCCAACACAGCAGACAAGUGUCCUUUUUUCUCUCCCUUUUGUGGUUUCCCAGAAACUUAUUUUUCACCCGUUCACGAAAGGAGCUACAGCAGCUGCUGCACACUUUUACUGCAUUUUGAGCAACAAUUCCUCAGAAAUUUCCAUAUACCAUCAAGGUUUUUGGACAUCCAAGCCGGGUGUUGAAGGUGUGCCAUCAUGAAAUGGGAGAAGUUGAAGCCUCCAGAACCAGACGACCAAAUGUGUUGUUGUGAGUGUGAUGUCUUCCAGUGUGGAUGUUGUUGUUGCGACUGUGACGACGUGGACCAGGCCUUUAACAGAUGGUUGCGGGACCGGACACCAAAAGCUGGAUGUCACUCUGCUCUCCUGGGGGCCUUGAUUGACCACCUGGAGAUCUCCAUUGUUCCAGCGCUGGUUCUCCUGCCGCUCCUGAUGCGUGUGGCGGCGCUGCACUACCUGCUGGGCAUCAUGACCCUGACGGCUCUGCCCGGCCUGGUGCUGUGGCUCUACUACGCCACCCACAGGAGGAAGAGACGCACACUCUUCUUCCUCACCCUGGCGCUCAACUCUCUGGCCUACACCUACUACCUCUUCAUCACGGAGAUUCUUCCUCGUGGGGACGUGAGCCGCAUCCAGCUGUGCUCCCUGACCGCCGGGGUGAUCCUGACUAUCGCUUCGCUGGUUCGGACCAAGAGAGGUCCGGGAUUUGUCAGGACUGAAGCUGUUGAGUAUUGGCCACACGCUAGCGUCCAAUCAGAGGCGUCCUCUUGCGCAGGCGCAACAUCACAGUUUCCCACAGGAAGUGGACGAUGCAGCUGGUGUCCUGUGUGCAAAAUUAGGCGACCACCUCGGGCGGGACAUUGUAGGACAUGCGGAGCUUGCGUCCAACGCCUGGAUCACCACUGUGUCUGGAUAAACAGUUGUGUAGGACAGGCUAACCACCGCAGCUUCCUGUUGACCGUGUGCGUGUUCCUGCUGACAUCUCUGUACGGCAUCGGCCUGGUGCUGCACAGCCUGUGUCCUCAACAGUAUCUGGUCAGCGCGCUCUUCUACUGCCCAGGUGUCUACACUCAGUCCAGCUCAGCGCUCUGCUUCACGUGUGCCUGGUACGGCGUCAUCGUAACUGGCGGCCUGCUGUACCUGCUGGUGGCGCAGGUGAUGAAUAUUAGUUUCAACGUGACAGAGCGAGAGGCUCAGCUGGCCCUGAGGAACAACACGGGCCAGAGACGCCUGUGCGGGCUCGCCGUCGCCACGGGAACGAAUUCACGAGGCCUCUACCAGAACUGGGUUGACUUCCUCACUAUGGCCGACGCCUCGGCGUCUCCUUGCUCAGGCCCCACUGUAGUGGUCUAGUUUCCUCAACAUGGUUUUCUCUAGCCCUUUAUUGUGCAGUUCUCUGUAUUAUGUGCACAUAAUUAAAAAAUAACAGUGUGUAAGUUAUUGAUAUGAAGGCAUCAAUGCCACGCAUGAUAUGUAAUGUGCUGCUUUGUCUCAUAAUGCAUAUUGAAUCAGGGGUGUUCAAACUUUUUG